AUGUUGCAACAAUCUAUGGCAGAUGUAUCUGUGAAAGAGAAGCAAGUAGUUCAAACUUGGUCUCCUCCACCUUCAGAUCAUUUUAAACUCAAUAUGGAUGCAUCGUUUAAUCUUGAUACUUCUGAAUUUGUUGUUGGUCUAAUAAUCUGUGAUUCCACAGGACAAAGCUACGCCAUCAAGGGAAGAUACUUCCAUGGAGGAAUAGAUUUCGAACAAGCAGAGUGCCUAGCCAUGAAAGAAGCAAUCUUGUGGGCUAGAGAAUGCAAUCUUAACAAAGUUAUUCUGGAAGGAGAUAACUUGAAUGUCAUUAACUCUAUCAGGCAGUCAACUUCUUCAGUGCACUGGAUGAACCAAGGAAUCAUUAAUGACAUUAAGUUGUUGCUGUCUAAUACCUCCUGUUUUGUUGUAAAUCAUGUUAAUAGAUCGGAAAAUUAUGUAGCUCAUAGUGUAGCUAAGAAAGCUAGUAGUGACAAAACCUCUUUUGAUUUUCACUUGUAA